AUGGAUCUCGUCAACCACCUCGAAGGAAGACUUCUCUUCGCUGUCCCUAAAAAGGGCCGUCUCCAACAAUCAACCCUAGACCUCCUAGCAGGCUGCGACGUCCAAUUCCGCCGCGAAACCCGCCUCGAUAUCGCACUCGUCAAAAACCUUCCUAUCGCCCUAAUCUUCCUCCCAGCAGCCGAUAUCCCCACCUUCGUCGGCGAAGGCCGCGUCGACCUCGGAAUAACAGGUCGUGACCAGGUCGCCGAGCACGACGCCACACUUCCCGCCGGCGAAACAAGUGGCGUUGAAGAGAUUCUCGAUCUCGGCUUUGGAGGAUGUAAAUUGCAAGUUCAGGUUCCUGAGAAGGGAGACAUUAGCGAGGCAAGCCAGCUUGUUGGUCGUAAUGUCGUGACUAGCUUUACUGCGUUGUCGGAGAAGUUUUUUGCGGGGUUGGAAGGUGUAAGUGAUGGUAAGAAGUUGAGUACGAAGAUUAAGUAUGUGGGUGGUAGUGUUGAGGCUGCUUGUGCGUUGGGUGUUGCGGAUGGUAUUGUUGAUCUUGUUGAAUCCGGCGAGACUAUGAAAGCCGCCGGUCUCAAAGCAAUUGAUACAGUCGUAACCAGCACAGCCGUCCUCGUCAAAUCCCGAGACUCAAACAACGAGCUUCUUAACCUGCUCACCUCACGUAUCCGCGGUGUUAUCACGGCCCAGAAAUUCGUGCUGUGCCAGUAUAAUAUUCCUCGCUCGGAGCUGGCAACCGCAUCAAAGAUUACACCUGGUAAGCGGGCGCCUACUAUUACUGCUCUUGAGGAGGAGAAUUGGGUUGCUGUUAGUUCUAUGGUUGAGAAAAAGAGAAUCGCUACUGUUAUGGAUGAGUUGAUUAAGGUUGGGGCUACGGAUAUUUUGGUUUUGAACAUUGCGAACUCUCGUACUGAUUAG